AUGAAGAAGGCCCUUGUAAUGGUGACGCCGCUAGUACCGGAAGGGUUGAACACAAACGACCAUAAGUCAGCUGACUCUGUCGAACUUCUUAUGUCUACAUCAACAACUAUGUUUGAGGAGCGCAAGAUGAAUGAUAUAAAGAGGAAGGAAUUCGAAGAAUACAAACGUGGCCUUAAACGAAAAGCAGAAUGA